UUUUUUUGAUAGAACCACUUAUAUAUUUUGCCCAUUGUGUAAAAGGAAAGAACAUUUUUCAUUUUUCAUAAUCAUAUGGUGGUGCUGGUGCAAACCAAACCAAACAAAACCUCACCUCACGUGCACACCGUUAGAUAUUUUCUUCUCUCUUUCUCCGUUCUGUUACAAACCAAUCGCAUCAAACGUAACAAACAUAUUACACGCUGGUGAUUUUUCCUAACCGAGACUAUCUCUCACGCGCUCUUUUCGAGCGUACGAUAUCAACAACUUAGUAGCUAUUUCCUCCAUAACCAAAAACAAGGUGCAUAGCGCAUCCCUUCGUCACCGUUCACUCCCACAAAUCCAAUUCACUUCUCUUCACCGGUGACGGAACUUUCAAUUCUCCUUUUUGAAGUUUGCAGAUUGAUGACAACUUGUUUGGUUUGGGCAUCAAGAACAAAAAGCGACCUCUGUAGUAUUUUGCUGGAAAGUAAUGGAAGCUCGUCCUGCUUUUUCAAUUGAAAGAUCAAGUUCCAAUCAGCUGAAUAACAUAGGGAUGUCUGGAGCACUUCCUUCAUCGUUGUCUGUGCAUCCAACACCUCUAGAAGAGACUUACCCCAGAUUUUCUGAUUCACAGCCGGCUUUUGUAGAAAAAGGUCUUAAGACAAGAACUUUUAAUCAUUCAAGUCAUAUAAGUUCCAGUGGAGCAGUUGGGCAUAUGUUUUCAUCUUCCCCUGGAUAUUCAACAGACCUUCAUCACUCAUCCCUUUCACCUCAUGAAAAACACUCUAGAAAUGCUCAUUUUAUUUCACAGUCAAUGAGCAACAUGGCUUCGGUGCCAUUACCGUAUUCUUCAAAUAAUGGUCCACUACCUUCUACAACAUCAACACAUUAUUCCAAUGGAAGCAGUGCUUCAUGGCAUGCAGAUUCCUUGCCUAGCUUUCUUGAUUUCUCUGUGAAUGCCUCAAUUGAUAAUAGCCAAGUAGAGAGCAGUGCCUGCAAUAUUAUGGCUACUGAGGAGUUUCCUAAGCGAAAUGAUUGGCAGGAGUGGGCUGACCAGCUAAUCAGUGACGACGAUACUUUGACUUCUAAUUGGAAUGAUCUUCUUGCUGAUAAUAUUCAAGAUCUUGAGCCAAAGGCGGCGGAUCCCAUUUCGAAGUCAUCUUCACAAUUUUCGGCAGGACACCAAUCACAAGGCCACCAACAACUUCCAGCUCUAUCUGGAGAAAACAAUGUUGGUGUCGCUCCAUCUUCCUCAGCAAAUUCUGCACCUGCCAAGCCACGGAUGCGUUGGACUCCUGAGCUUCACGAGGCAUUUGUGGAGGCUGUCACCCAACUUGGUGGGAGUGAAAGAGCUACCCCUAAGGGUGUGUUGAAGCUCAUGAAAGUUGAAGGAUUAACUAUAUAUCAUGUUAAAAGCCACUUACAGAAAUACAGGACAGCUAGAUAUAGACCAGAGUCUUCUGAAGGAGCUGCGGAGAAAAAACUAAGCCCCAUUGAAGAUAUUUCAUCUCUAGAUUUGAAAACUGGUAUUGAGAUCACGGAAGCUCUGCGAUUGCAGAUGGAGGUCCAGAAACGGUUGCAUGAACAGCUUGAGAUUCAAAGAAAUCUACAGCUGCGAAUAGAAGAGCAAGGCAGGUACCUCCAGAUGAUGUUUGAGAAGCAAUGCAAAUCUGGUGUUGAACCAUUUAAGGCAUCUUCAUCAGCCAUUGGGGAUCCAUCUGGUGUGUCUUCUGACACCAUGAAAGAUUCUCUUGCCAAAAAUGAAUCAGAAGCAUCCAAAACAGACCAUUGCAGGUCAGGACCUGAUCAAGCUAAUGGUAGUACCACAGUUGAGGAAAGCUCACUGCAGGAUACCUCCAAAGUCCAAGCUUCUGAUGAUCUUAAGCAAAAUGAUAACGAAGAUAGCGCUCAACCCCCUAAGCGUCCAAGAACAGAUGAGUAAACCUUAUGCUACUGAAUCAGCAUUGAACUGACAAGACAAUACUGAUUCAUUUGAGAUAUAAUUUUAGCAAGGAAGACUUGAUUGAUCAAUGGCUAGAGCUCUAUAACUUAACGUAUUCCUCACGUCCUCUUGUGUUGAAAGAGGACUUCUAUGUUUACCUUUCUUUUAGUUUUAAGUUAAAGUUUUGACCAUGAUGUUCUUCAAAACCUUAUCUUAUUUGGUAUCUUGUUUAGGAUGAGAUUCUAGUGUACAGUGCAGAUAAUGGCUUCACCUUAUCUUAUCAGGAUAGUAUCUUAUCAACAUCCUACGACACAAAUUUCAUUGUUGGUAUGUACUACAUUUCUAAUAUGAACUGUUUGUGAUAAUUGUAUCAAAAUAAAAAGAAUAAAAAAAAUGUAGAAUUCUAGUUCCUUUA